AAUCGUAUUUGCAAAGAGAAGGAAGUCAUGGGUCGCCGUCCUGCCAAGUGCUACCGUUUCCAGAACAAGAAGCCGUUCAUCAAGUCCCGCUACUGCCGCGGUGUGCCGGACUCCAAGAUCCGCAUCUAUGACGUCGGUAACAAGAAGGCGUCCGUGGAUCUCUUCCCGUUCGUGGCGCACUUGGUGUCGGACGAAAAGGAACAAUUGUCGUCGGAAGCGUUGGAAGCUGCUCGCAUUUCCGCCAACCGGUACUUGUCCAAGUUCUGCGGCAAGGACAACUUCCACAUGCGCAUCCGUUGCCACCCUUUCCAAGUGUUGCGUAUCAACAAGAUGUUGUCGUGCGCUGGUGCCGAUCGCUUGCAAACCGGUAUGCGCCACGCUUACGGCAAGCCCACCGGUGUCGCCGCCCGCGUCGCCAUCGGCCAACCCAUUAUCUCGGUGCGCUCCAAGGACUCGUUCGGCCCUUCCGUCGUCGAAGCUCUUCGCCGUGCUAAGUUCAAGUUCCCUGGUCGCCAAAAGGUGUUGGGCUCCAAGAAGUGGGGCUUCACCAAGUACGAACGUGACGUGUACGCCAAGCUCCGCCAAGAAGGCGUGCUCGCGUUGGACGGUAACCACGAAAAGUACAUUCCCAACCACGGCAAGCUCCGCGCUCCCCGCGUCUACAAGUAAACGUACAAGGACCUGGCUCGUAACUUAAACAACACACACACACUUUGCGAUUGUUGAUCUAAACGGUGUCACAGAUUCAAUACUAGGAAGGAAAUAAUACAUCGUGAAUAGGAAUGAUGACCCUGUGACACGGUUUUUCGGUAGGUUGCUGCC